AUGGGAUGGUGUUUGUGCUGCUGGAACUGGAGUAUGUUAAGUUUCCGGAGCUGUUACCGUGGCCUAACUCUGAGAUCAACCGAAACUGUGGAGCAGAGACGUGCAGCAACGAUUGUGCCCUGGACCAUUGAGCCUUUCUUCCUUCGCUACCGUGCAGUGCUACAGCAAGGUGAAUUCCCUCUGAGCCAGAUCCUGAACUUUGAUGAAACAGGGCUGAAUUUCGGGCGAGAAAGAGCAAGGUUGUUGGGUACUCGCUCAGAGAGGCUGCACACAAGUCACCAGUAUCGGAUGCAACGAAAGAAAAAGAAUUACUGUUGUCGCAGCAAUCCUGGCAGACGGCGGUCGUUUGCAAAAAAUUUAUAUCUUCAAGGGGAAACGUCGGCAGAUUGCGUGGAUGAAGAUUGUGAGCCUGAAGCUUCCUUUGCAAUGCAAGAGAACGGAUGGAUGAAGGCUGAAGUAUUUGUUGAGUUCCUGGCACACAGAGAGAAUUCGAUCGCUGGGGGAGUUUUUCUCCUUCAUCCUCUUCUGCUCAUCUGUGAUGGACACAAAUCACACAUUACUGAGGACGAAUUGAAUUACGCAGCAGACAGGGGCAUGGUUGUCGUUUGCUUACCUCCUCAUACAAGCUGA